AUGGACGAGUCUUACACCUCUCAGUACGACGAAGGGGGCACACCUCCAGCAGGAGCAGGGAGGGACAAGAUAAAACGGUCUUAUCGUGCUUGUCUCCACUGUCGCAGUCGGAAAGCCAAGUGUGACCUGGGCGAUAUCGACGCUCCCUCCGAACCCCCCUGCGGCCGCUGUCGUCGCGAAUCCCGGGAAUGCGUAUUCGCCCCUUCCAGGCGAGGCGGUAACAAUGCCAAGCGCAAGCAGAAGGAUGAGUCCCAGGAAGGCUCAGAAGCGGCACCUGAUAGUCCACAACCUUUCGGCAAUCGACCUCACUUCGACCCCAACAUGCCCAUGGACCCGCGGCUACAACGGCGGUUCGGUGCGCCUCUCAACGACAUACUCCAGUCUCCCACUCAAAACCCCUAUUCUCUGGCUCUGGGAGUAGGCCAAGACCCAUCUCCCGCACACACCGUCUCCCCCGCGCACUCGACAAACCAACCCCCUACUCCCCACAAUCAGAAUCACCAGGCCGGGGCUGGGCGUCACCUUCCUCCUCCUGGCGAAGGGUCGACCAGUCCCAAACGGCGACGCCUGCACCUCAAUCCCCCACUUCACGCGGCCGACCCAAGCAGCAUCGUCGUUGCGGACAUGCAGAACGAGUCGGACGCGCUGCAUAUCCUCGCGAUGGCUUCGGAUGCCGGACGGGGAAAGGGGAAAGGGCAGCAGCGGCGCAGCCGGAGUCCGUCCAAAGCGGCUUCCAUCUCAAGGGGGCCUCGACCCAUCAAACCGCUUACCGAGUUCCCGUUGAUCAAGCUGGGGAUAGUCAGGGAGGAUCAGGUUGUGAUGCUCAGCGAGGUCUUCUUCCGGUGUCAUCACCAUCUAUACCCUAUGGUACCCUCGGCUAUCAUACCCAGGACCCCAGAGCAAGUCGCGGUCUUUGCGCAGAAUGAGCGAUAUCUGCUCACUGCCAUCAUCAUCAUUGCGAGCCGAAACGACCUGUCCUUGCGUGACGUACACGACAAGUCCUGGGCCGUCUUCAGAGGCUGGCUAUCGGACAUCCAAUGUCUCGGCGCUCCUCCCACGAUAGGUCUGGUCGAGGGCUUACUAUUACUGGCGGAAAACCUCCCUCGGGAUCCCGCGCGAGCGAGAAAGUCCGACCCCGACCUCCACGCUAUAGGCUACGGAGAUGACGUACAUGGUGCAGAGAACCGGCAGGCGUGGAUGCUUAUCGGGGCGGCUAUCCGAAACGCGUAUGGCCUGGGACUUGAAAAGGCAAGUCUAAAGACUACUAUGCUCAUCACCGACUCGGAGCGGACGCUAGAGGGGGAACGAGCCAGACUGGCGUGGACUUAUUGUUACCUUUUCGACAGGCACGUAUCGCUCCGCCUCGGCUUGGCCUUCUGGUGCCGCGGUCCGACCCUCUGUUUCCAGGGCUUCUCCUCUUCCGCCCAGACCGGUCCACCCGCUGGCGCCCGCAACUUUCCCUUCCUCCGCGAGAUCCGGCCAAACGAGGGGGACUACCCGCAAGAAGACCUUGCGGGUCUUCUCCAGGCUCACGUCGAGUUGACUCAGUUGAUGAGUAACGCACACGACGUGCUGUACCCUAAUGCGGCACGGACAAGGAGUCUCGUCUUGUAUGGCGAAUACUUCAAGUACCUUGAUGAGCUCUCCCGAUCGCUUGACGGGUUCAAGAUCCUCUGGCGGGACAAGAAGUGGAAUAUCUUCCCGCUGAAUGAUACGGUCUGGACCAUGUUUUACUAUGUCCAGCUGUAUAUCUGUGCCUUCUCAUUCCAAGCACACGUGGAACGGGCAGCGAUGCGAGCCGAGGAGGAAUAUCGCGUAUUGGACGAACAGCACCAUGCCGGUGGAGCAUCCAACGACCUGCCUCGUCCCCCACUCAGUCUCUUCCCCCGGGGAGCGGCGGCCAGCCCCGAUGCGCGGUAUAUCUUCCAAUCAUGCGAGGCGGCUCGGACUCUGCUGCAUAUCUGCGUCAACAGCCUUUCGCCUGGAGGAGCACUGCCAUUCCUGCCGAGCCGGUAUCUGCUUUGGUUCACCUACGCAGCGAUUGUGCUACUGAAGGCGCUGUAUUCUGGAGCGAUGCUCCGGGCGGACCAUGCCGAGACACUGAAGCUGGUGGAUCGGCUUUGUGGCUGCUUGGCUGCUGCCUCGACGGACGAGGAGCAUCCCGCGGUUCGUUAUGGGCGGCAACUGGAAGAGCUGAGCAAGAAGCUAGCGGGCCAGGGCGAUACUAAGACGACUGGAUCUCCAACGGGCGGCCAUACAGUCCCCCUUCCGCCCAUGCAACGCUCACGAAAUGGGGACCAUCCCUCUUCCCAUCCGUCCAUGUCCUCCUCCUCGCUCCCAUGGCUCAAUCCUAAUCACCCCACACCGCAAAUGCCAUUCUACCCCCCGUCCUCCUCUCCCAGCUGGACCUUGCCUGUCGCCCCAGCCGACAAUCCUCAAAUGAACUUUGCGUACCCCUCGACUCCGCUUCCCCUGCAGUCCUCGUAUAUCCCACCGCCGGGUCAGCAGCCCAUGUCGGACCUGCAUGGACUGCCACAUCCGCAUUCGGAUGCGCUGGGGCUUGGCGCGGGGCAGAACCACCUUGGAUUCGUGCAGCUGGACGACUGGUUUGGGACGGGUAAUCUUGGCGGUGGCGGCGCAGGCGGUCCGGCAAACGGUGCGGUCGGAGGAGAUGAUGAUGGGAAUGGCGGGUUUGGGGCGCUGGAUUUGCAAGAUUUCUGGAUGAAGGUGGGACCAGGAGAGGCACAAGGCGGAUUCCCCUUCCGUUAA